ACAUGCUGAGUGACUUGUACGCUAAAGUACAAGGUCUAGAUCCCGCAAAAGGGUUUAGGGUUUUUCCCCUCUUUUGCUUCUGCGAGUCGCCAUCAAAAAUCGAAACGCAGAGAAGAAGAAGAAGAUGUGGUAUCUGUGCAUGUUCUACCACCGACUGUUAGACUACCGGAAAGCCGAGGUGGAAUCUUUAGCCCAACUCUUCGCCAACGACGAAGAAGAUCAGUACAAAACGCAGCGUUUGAAAUGGCGGCUGCCGCUCCACCACCAUCCGGAUUCCCCUUUCCAUUUCGUCGACCUCCCUUCCGAAGACGUCGCCAGGAACGUGGCCAAUCGAAGCAUACUUGUGAAGGGAAUGUAUGAGCUUUGGGGAGAAGGGGGUAGCUAUGAGGAGCUGGAAGAGGCUAUUAGAAGUUAUCCAGAUGAGCGGAAGUUGCCGUACCUAGAGCCUGAUAGUACUUUCAAGAUUAAUGUUGACACAUUUGGUAAGGUCAUCAGCCUCCAGGAGCAAACGCAACGGAUUCAUGGACUUAGCUACAUCCCUUUCAAGGGUCGAGUUAAUUUGAAAAGUCCAGAGCACAAGUUCUGGCUUAUGGAAACUGAUGAUUAUGGAGUUAACAAUGGUCUUCCGCCAAUUGUCCAAAGGAGAAUCUUUUUCGGUCGCGAAAUUGGUGGUGCUGAUAGAAAGCUUCUGCCAACAUACCAGUUGAAAAGCCGUACUUAUCUUGGCCCAACAGCCAUGGAUGCAGAAAUUGCUUUCUUGAUGGCCAACCAAGCAUUGGUCACACCAGGGAAGCUUGUAUAUGACCCUUUUGUUGGCACCGGGAGCAUUCUUAUAGCUGCUGCUCAUUUUGGAGCCAUGACAAUGGGUGCAGAUAUUGAUAUCAGGGUGGUACGAGAUGGCCGUGGCCCUGAUUGUAAUGUCUGGAGUAAUUUCAAGCAGUACGGUUUACCAAUGCCAAUUGCUUUGUUAAGGGCAGAUAACAACCUACCUCCUUGGCGUACUGGAUUGAAAGAGAUCUUUGAUGCCAUAAUUUGUGACCCUCCAUAUGGUGUUCGUGCUGGGGGACGCAAAUCUGGUGGCCGGAAGUUGAUGAAAGGGGUUGUCGGCCCUUACACCGUUCCUGAUGACAAGAGGACAGACCACAUACCAUCAACUGCGUCUUACAGCUUGGUCGAGUGUGUGCACGACUUGCUUGACCUAGCCGGCAGGAUGCUUGUGAUGGGUGGGAGGCUUGUGUUCUUCUACCCUGUAGUGAGAGAAGAUGAUAAUGUCAAUAACUCUUUCCCAGAGCACCCGUGUUUCCAACUGAUUGCUACUUCAGAGCAGAUACUUAGCUCGCGUUACAGUAGAGUACUACUGACCAUGGUUAAGACAAGUCAAUACACCGAAGAAAUUGCAGAAGAAGCCAGAUUAAAACACAAGGACUUCAAGGAGAACCAUCUGAAGUGGUUGGAAGAUGGAAACCUUCAUUCCGCAGUUUUCAGUCCUUCUGAUCUUCCAUUGAAUGGUGCUGCUGAUGCAAAAACCAGUAAAGAACCAAAGCCAAAAUACAGAGGCAAGUACGUGUAGGUUUUACAUAUAGGCUCUUUAGCUUGGCAUUGACUAUGAUAGAUUCGUAACGGUAGAAGUAGAAUGAUUUUUGGGUUGGUUAUCCAUCCCUGUAUUCCUCAUAUGAGUUGAGUGAGUUAUAGAGAGGUUAAAAGCGAAUUUCGUUGUUGUAAUUCUAAUGAAAGACUAAUGUGAUGUACCUUUUCCUAUCUUUCUAUGUUAUAAAUCAUGAUAUUAUCAACUCUUCAA